AUCAUCUCAUAUGAUUUUCUUUUUAAAAUGAAUAAACAUCGAGUCCUCACAUUUGAACAUUCAAAUUUCCCAAAUUCUGAAGCAAUACCAAGAACUCUAGAACAAAAAAGCUCUCCCUGUGUUUAUGUACUACCGUUCCUUCUUCAUUUUCUAUCUCUUAGCAAAUCGUAACUUCGGAUCUUCCACCUCGUGCCUCCAUGUCAAUCGCGUCAAUUUCGUUUCCCCGGCAACAUGCGGCGCCUUAUAAGUUUUCUCCUUCCACAGCCUCAGGCUGGCAGCGGAGGUACUUAUCAUCAUCACCCCCCGCCAUUAAUAUCGCAGCUCGUCGAUACAAUCAGAGCUUGGACGACGUUUCUAGAAAAGUCUCACAUCAGAACAGGAACCUCCUCAAGGCUCGCGAGGAUGUCAAGCCAUUUUCGUCUCCGGCUUCCGUUCUCUGUUACGAAGACAAGCUGAAUCUGUCCCAGGACCAAGCGGUAGGGAUGGUUUCUGCUUCACAGGCAAACUUCAUGCGUGUUAUAGUGCAAUCACUUCCUCCUGAAGUUUGUAGUAAUUCUGAAUUGACUGAAGGUUCCAGUGGCACUCCAGGAGUUGGGGUGGAACUGUUGUGUGUGGUGAAGGCCGUGUUGAAGAAGAUCAAGAGAAGAGUGAUGGUUGGGGAUAAAGUUCUUGUUGGUUCGAUUGAUUGGGUUGAUAGACGAGGAAUGAUAGAGAAUGUGUUCCGGAGGAAGUGCGAGAUUUCAGACCCUCCUGUGGCGAAUGCUGAUCAUUUGCUAGUGUUAUUUUCCCUGGAGCAACCUAAACUUGAGGCAUUCUCCCUCACUAGAUUCCUUAUUGAGGCAGAGUCAAGUGAAAUUCCUUUCACCCUUGCAUUAAACAAGUGUGAACUUGUUCCUGAAGAGACAUUGGCUGCAUGGAGAUCUAGGCUUCAGAAAUGGGGCUAUGAACCUAUCUUUUGCAGUGCUAAGUUGAUGCUUGGAAUUGAUGCUUUGCAGUUCAUUAUGAGAGAAAGGACCUCAGUAAUUGUGGGACCUAGUGGUGUUGGAAAAUCUAGUCUCAUUAAUGUGAUGAGAAUCAAUAAAUGUGGUGCCUCUGGUGCUGCCAGCGAAGGCAUGGGAUCCUCUCAUCCAGUGAGCUUUUUCUAGCCUUUAAUAUGUUUUUCCUAAAUUUCUCUGGAGAGACUUGUCAGGUUCUUGACAGAAAAUGGUUUGGAGAGCAGCAAAGUGUUGGGGAAGUGUCCACCAGAAGUGGAAGGGGGAAGCAUACAACCAGGAACAUUUCCUUACUUCCAAUAUCUGGAGGAGGGUAUAUUGCUGAUACUCCCGGAUUUAACCAGCCUAGUUUGACUAAAGUGACAAAGCAGUCCCUUGCUCAAAAUUUUCCUGAGAUCCUAAAAAGGCUCGAAGACAAAGAACCUGUGAAUUGUUCUUUCAGCAAUUGCUUGCAUCUCGGCGAACCAGGGUGUGUUGUUGGUGGAGACUGGGAAAGAUACCCAUACUACCUUCGGUUGCUUGAUGAUAUUAGAAUCAGAGAGGAAAUUCAACUUCGGGUUAUAGGGACUAAACAAGAGAGUGAUGUCAGGUAUAAAGCGCGAGAUAGAGGUGUUAUGCACGCCGAACCAAGGUUAGAACCCAAGAAACACAGGAGACAAUCCCGUAAGGAGGUGAACCAAUCAGUAUUGGACAAGCUGAAUGAACUUGAAGAUGAUGAAGACACCACAGAUGGAUUGAUGACAAGCCAACAUUAUUAAGGGAAAUGAUACUACAAAAAAGUACUGGUAAAGAGACAUUAAAUAUGGACAUUCUGAGCACCCAUUUAUUGGUUGAUGAUCACCAUCAUCCAUUGAAUGUGUCAUAUUUCAUGCUUUAUGAUGUUCAUAUUUAAUGUCCGCUAACAUUAGUCAACAACAACUAACUCAUCAUGGAAGUUACCGUGAAUAAGUAGUGAGUGUGUGUUUGUGAGGGGUAAAUGAAACCGUUGAUUUUUAGAGGCCAAGAGUAUGUAGGUGUGAGACUAUCACCACUGAAGAGGUUAAAUAGUUGAAGCUGGCAUCACAAUGUUGAUUAGUUUGUUGUGGCUUCCAUUGUUCUUCCCUAAGUUUUUUACAUAGCCUGGACUCAUUGAAAGAAAAAAGAGAUGCAAAAUGUAACAUUGUGAAUAGAAUAACCCUAGUGUGGUAGAUCCGUAGAUGAUCUUUCAGAAUUGCAGACAUCUUGUCCUGGAGAGUUCAUGUUCAUGUGGGGUUAUAUUUUUGUAGGCCUAAUGUUAAAUAUUCGGAACCUUCACAGAUUGUCUGUGAUUUUGGCCAAUUCUGUAAAAAUUAGUUGUAACUUUUGCCAACA